CGUGCCAUCGUGCUCGACCCCGGUGGCUGCUCCAGUGGCUGAGAAGACGCGGACCAAAGCACACGUAAUGACUUCCUUACGAAAGUUCGACAUGAGAAUCCUCUCGCCAGAACGCUGACGUCUACUUAAACAUAAGGGCGAGAGCCCCGGGCCGGAGCGGCGCAACGGCGAGUGCGAGCCGUCAGAGAUGCCGGCUUCGGACGCGCCGCCCGCGCCCACCGCGCCACCGCCCGACCCGCCUGCUACCACCAACAACCAGUCCCAGAAGACCCGUUCACUAGUGGUGUCCCUGACUCCGCCCCGGGAGCGCGAGACCUGGGCCAAGAAGGCGGAGUUCCUGCUGGCUGUGGUGGGCUUCGCGGUGGACCUGGGCAAUGUCUGGCGGUUCCCCUACAUCUGCUACCAAAAUGGCGGCGGUGCGUUCCUCAUCCCCUACUGUGUGAUGUUACUGUUCGGCGGGAUGCCGCUGUUCUUCAUGGAGCUGGCGCUGGGCCAGUACCACCGCUGCGGCUGUCUCACGCUGUGGAAGAGGAUCUGUCCCGCGCUGAAGGGUGUCGGCUACGCAAUCUGCAUGAUCGACAUCUACAUGGGCAUGUACUACAACACGAUCAUCGGCUGGGCGGUGUACUACCUGGUGGCCUCCAUCUCCUCCAUCAACUCCGUGCUGCCCUGGACCAGCUGCAACAACGAGUGGAACACGCCGCUCUGCACACCUGUCACUGCCCCACAAAUCAAUCCUAAUUCUUCCACGCCUGCUAAGGAGUUCUUUGAACGCAACGUGCUGGAGCAACAUAAGUCCAAUGGCCUGGACUACAUGGGUCCCAUCAAGCCGUCGCUGGCGCUCUGCGUGUUCGGGGUCUUCGUCCUCGUGUACUUCUCUUUGUGGAAGGGAGUCAGGAGUGCUGGCAAGGUGGUAUGGGUGACUGCUCUGGCUCCGUAUGCUGUGCUGCUCAUCCUGCUAGCACGAGGAGUGACGCUGCCUGGAGCCACGGAGGGCAUCCGAUAUUAUCUCACACCGGAGUGGCAUAAGCUGCAGAAUUCCAAGGUGUGGAUAGACGCGGCCUCCCAAAUCUUCUUCUCGCUGGGUCCUGGGUUCGGCACCCUGCUGGCGCUGUCCAGCUACAACAAGUUCAACAACAACUGCUACCGAGAUGCCCUCAUCACCUCCUCCAUCAACUGUCUCACCAGCUUCCUCGCUGGCUUCGUCAUUUUCUCCGUUUUGGGCUACAUGGCGCACGUCCAGAAUAAAAGCAUCGAGGAGGUAGGUCUAGAAGGGCCGGGACUGGUGUUCAUCGUGUAUCCCGAAGCCAUCGCGACCAUGACCGGCUCCGUCUUCUGGGCCAUCAUAUUCUUCCUGAUGCUUAUCACACUUGGAUUGGACAGCACCUUUGGAGGUCUGGAAGCUGUAACUACAGCUCUGUGCGACGAGUACCCGCGUGUGUUGGGCCGACAUCGUGAAGCAUUCGUAGCUGUACUUCUGCUGUUCAUCUACAUCUGUGCUCUGCCUACUACCACUUAUGGAGGAGUGUACCUGGUGGAUCUCCUGAAUGUGUACGGUCCAGGGCUGGCCAUUCUAUUCGUGGUGUUCGCGGAAGCAGCUGGAGUCUGCUGGGUGUACGGAGUGGACCGGUUCUCUGAGGACGUGAGGACCAUGCUCGGACACACGCCUGGCUGGUUCUGGAGGGCCUGCUGGUCUUAUAUCAGCCCAGUAUUCCUGCUGGUGCUGUUCAUCGUCUCCGUGCUGGCCCACGAGGAGAUGCUGGGCGGGGAGUACGCGUACCCCCCCUGGUCCAUCACCGUCGGCUGGGUGAUGACCGGCACCACCGUCUCCUGCAUCCCUCUCUACAUUCUAUACAAGUUUGCCAUCACGCCUGGUGGCUUCAUGCACCGUAUCAAAAUGAUAAAACGUCCCGAAGUGGUGUCGAUACCGCCAUCAGACUCCACUCUCUGCAGCCUGUGACCUAACCACACCUACAGCUCAGCACCUUCGCGCACCAAGCCUGCGAUAGAGUGGCUCGUCUAGGUCUUACCUAGACUAGUCUAGAUUAACUAUGUCUGCAAAACUGACUACACUGCAAUUAAAAGUACAGACGCCAGCAAAUCAACCUAUCCUUAUCUGUUAUUAGAUUUUCAACUUACUUGUUUUGGUAUUAUAGUGGAAAAUCCAAUGAAAAUGUCAUACAGAUUUGAGUAGCUUGAUGUGGUUGGUGUCUGUACCUUUGAUAGUAUAGCAGGGCUUUUCAAUUUCGCAGACAUUUUUUCAUUGAAAGAAACUCCGGUAUGUUAUAAUAAGUAUUUAUUAAUGAAUAUUUAUUAUGUAAUCGAUCGAUGUCGUAGCGUUUUAUUUAGAAGUUAAGCAUAAUCUGCUUGUGGUAUAUUGUAAGGAUUUUUAACAAUGUUAAAUGCGUAUUAUAAGUAGUCAUUUUACCUAUUUUAGAAAAGAAAAAUACAUGUUAGCAAUGGCAUUAUACUCGUAUGUUUGAUAUAAAAAAUCCUGCUUGGAAAAACUUGCAUUUUUUAGAAUAAAUAUUUAUUGUAUUGUAUAACUCUAUACCGAUUAGUGUUAUUGUCGUGUUUUAAUAUAUACAACGAAUAUUUCUAGUAUAUUAUAUAAAGGACUAGUUUUAAUACAUACGUAUAUUUAUGGUAGGUAAUAUAUCUUAUAAUGUAUAUCAAAAAGUGUUGCUGGACAGACUAUAAAAAAACCAUUUGCGGGAUUGUAAAAUAUUGAUAUUACCAUCUGGGAUUUUGCGAAUUUUAAUAAAAAAAAGACAUGCUUACAGAUGGUAAUACUUAUUUAACUUCUUUGUGAAUACUUGUAUUAAUUUUAAAAUAUGUUUUUAAAUAGCUCUAAGCAAACCCCUUUUGUAAAUAGGCUUUAACUUAGAUAUACUUAAUAUAUUUAUUUCUGUAUUCUUGGGCAAUGAGUGCAGAAAUAAUGUAUAUUCUCUAUAUAUUAUAUUCCUGUUAUAUAUAAUCUAUAUAAACACGUGUAUAUAAAUAUUAGCAAUGAGAAAUGAAGUUUAUGGGAACAUAUGCAUAGGUUUUGAAUCUAGUAAUUGUUUGUGAAACAUACAAAUAUAAUAUACUUGUUCAUCCUGUAGGAAUUAUAACAUAAUAUUGUAGAUAUGUUUACAUGUUACAGUGAUGAGAUUUCCACUGAUAUUCCAUACAUCUUCAUGUUGUCUGCUUGUAGAAUUAAAUAAAAUUGUAGGCGAUAUUUUAAACAUUGUAAUUUUAUAUAAAUUGUGUAUUAGAACAAGAAGGAUGUUGCAAUGUAGGUGUGUAUAUUUAAAACAUUUUCGAGAGAUUUCGGUGACGGCGUUCCAUUUUUCAUAGCUUAGUAAAUAUAAUAUAAAGUAAAUACCCAUUAUAUACUGUUACGGGUACAUACAUGUAAUCGCCAACUAGAGUUGUUCAAACAUUUUACUUCACAUAUAUAAACUUAUAGGUAAUUAUAUCUAAUAAUCAUCUAUACUAUCUUUGAAAGGUUCUUAAAUUCAGUAGUGGUCAAAAUUAGCUUAAAAAUCAUAAAGGAAUAUCGUAUAAAAUAAUCUCUUUCCCGUUUAUAUUAGCGUAUUAACGAGUAAAUGUUCGAAAUAAGUGUUUUUAUAAAAAAAUAUAUAUAUUUAAAAAGUAGUUCAUAUACCCACAGAGAUUUAAACUUUAGUAUACUUUAGUUCUGUUGUAUAUUAUGUUGAUUUAUAUGUUAUAUACUACAUUAUGUAUUCAGUAUCGUUGUGUAGCGCUGUGUGUAGAGAUGUAACCGUUGUAUUUAUGUGUUAGAAUAAACGACAGAUGUUCAGCAUGCGCCUGUACCAGCCAUUACAGGUUCAUCUGGACAUUUGUUUUACGAAUAAA